AGAAAAGAAGAAAAAAUAAUUAAAAAAAAAAAAGUGGUGUUAAAUUUGAGCAAGAGCUUGAAAAAUUAUGUCGAUUUGGGAGAGAUGAAAUUCGAUAACCAUGGAUGGGGACACAACUCUGUCGGAGCAUCUACACACACUAAUUGGUGUAAAAUCUGAGCAAGAGCUCGAAAACUUGCUCCAACUCCUAUGGCUGACCCGGCGAACCGGUUUAUCCGGUCCGCAGAGGUCUUCGGUUCAGUCCAUUCUCGACCUCCCUUCUUCCGGCGAUCUUGACCCAGUUUUGGCAUCCCUUCGUUUGCUUAUUCGGAAUUGUGUACACAAGAACUUAGGCGGUGACGAUGUUUUGAAGCUUUUUCCGCUCGAUCUUUCUUUGGAACUGCAAAGCACGCUUCUUACAUUGUUACAGAAACAUCGGAGCAAAUGGAGGGGAGAGCUGAACCAAGAACAGCAGGUCUUGGAAUGGACAAGAUUCUCGGAUCAGACAAACGCUGUUCUCUCAGCACCUGUCUUAUCUCUUUCCUCAUCGGAAAAUUCUGGUUCGUUAUUAUCUGCGCCAGUUGAUCCAGUUCCUCAAUUCAAUGGUGAUAAUAUCGGAGUUCCUAUAUCAAUUAAUGCUGAAAGAAAUACGGUGUGUUUCCCACAGCUAAAUCUUCAAAAUAAUUUCGUCUCUCCUGAAAUUCUGGGAGUUCUUCCACGGGUGAAAUCUAUGACUUGGGCUGUGGAGAAUAAGAGUGCAGUGCCAGCUAAUCGAGUGGCUAUUAUUGCUCUCAAGUUGCAAGAUUAUACCAAGUCUCCUUCGAACGAGACGGAAGUGAAGUUUCAGCUUACGAAAGACACACUUGAAGCGGUGCUGAGAUCAAUGGCUUACAUCAACGAACAAUUGUCGCAAUCCGUUGGAUCGUCUUCACUGCCGAUGCAGAAAAAACAAAAACACUAGUAGCAAAUGAGUUUUCGUUGUAAUCGUUAUUUAAGUCCGGAAAUAUUAGUCAUUAUACGACAAAACAUAUUUUCUAUUAGUUUACGUUUAAGUUGGAAGUAUUUGAGUUUUGAUCCGAGGAUUCGAUGUUGUUAUUGUAAAUCCAAAAUUAUUAGGUCUAAAAUUAUUAAAUCUAAAAAAUGCAUCAAGAGAUGUUGCUAUCGGGAUUUCGUCGGUCAAAGCUCUGUUGAUCUCAACAAGAUCUCUUCUGCAUUGGUUAACCAUGUUUCGACUUUUGGGAGGAUCUUCGAGAUUUGCAGCUUUGUCUCUUAGGGUUUGCAUGUUUUCGUCGAAGCAAAAGAGGUACUUGAAUUACUUCUUAAUUGCGGCCAUUUCAAUACGUACGUAGUUUAAACACUCCGAUGUAUUUGCAGUUUCGGCAAAAAUAUCCUGUACAUUAAGAUCUUUUCGGAGUAAUCUCGAUCGAAUUAUUAAUUAUACCAACUAAUUAUUAAGUAUAUGUUUUUGUAUAAU